GGGAUCGGUCGAGGAACGCCCUUUUUUGUGGGUGACGCCCACUGAAAGUGCACCGUUAACUCUGGAUCGCCGCACGCAAUGGGAAACAGGAUCUCUUUACUACUGACCGGUGACCCCAACGACAUAUCACUAAAUCUCAGCGGUCUGUAUGGCUAUCAGAAUGUGGUGAUCCAUACAGCCCAGGUGCUGGGCUCUGGAGCCUAUGGCAAUGCUGUGAAGGCAACACUGGAUAAAAACCCAUGUGCUGCUAAAAUCCUCCAUCGAGUCAUCGUGGACUCCCAGGACCCUGGACUCUCUGACUUCAUCUCUCGAUUUGAGCAGGAGUGCCAGAUCCUGCGAGACCUGAAACACCCCAACAUUGUCCAGUUCCUGGGUGUGGUCCAAGACCCCUCCACCAACAAGCCCAUUCUCCUCAUGGAGCUGAUGAAAGACAGUCUGACACAUUUUCUGGAGAGCUCGCCAACCGACAUACCCUACCAUGUCCAAGUGAACAUCUCCCACGACAUAGCUCUAGCAGUGGCUCACCUGCACAGGAAUGGCAUCCUCCAUCGAGACCUGUCCAGCAACAACAUCCUCCUGAAUGCCAGCCACCUGGCCAAGGUGACCGACUUUGGCAUGUCCAAGAUCGCAGCCUCCAAUCCCUCCAUGACCCGCAGUAAGGUGACCCAGUGUCCAGGAACACUGGUCUACAUGCCACCAGAGGCCCUUCGUCCCCAGCCUCGCUACUCCGACAAGAUCGACACAUUCUCCAUUGGAGUUCUCCUUCUCCAGAUUGUCACCAGAAAGUUCCCUGCUCCCACUGCUGCCUCCACCACUAGGGAAGAUCCUAGCUCUGCCUGGGGAGAGAUUGAUGUCCCCAUUCCUGAAAUGGAACGUCGAAAGUCGGAUAUCGUCAAAGUGCCAGCCUACAGUGGUUUUCUUCCAGUCAUUAGGGACUGCCUCAAAGACAAGAGUAAAGACAGACCAACAGCCGCCCAGCUCUGCCAGAGACUGGGCCAACUGAAGAGCACUGCAGUCUACAGUGGGAGUCGUAGUGCACUGCUUUUUGAAGGAAGAACAGAGCUUCACGAUGCUGCUGAGAGAGGAGAUGUGAAGACAGUUGAGAGACUCCUCUCCACUUCUGUCAAUAUCAACUCCAGGACUGAGGAUAAAGGACACACUGCUCUACUGUUAGCCUCUUGGAAAGGUCAUGUUGAGGUUGUACGUCUGUUGCUCAAGGCUGGGGCUGCAGUCUUCAUUCCUGACAAGUGUUGCAGGACUCCACUGUACUGGGCUUCAUUCAAUGGUCACAGAGCAGUAGUGGAGCUACUGCUAGAGAAUGGAGCUGAUGUCAGCAUCUGCAGUGAGGAUGGUCUCAGUCCACUCUAUGUUGCCAGUUGUAAUGGACACACUGAGGUGGUGGAUGUUCUGGUGAAAGCAGGAGCUGAUGUCAAUCAGGCUACAACCAAGAGUGGUUCAGUUCCUCUGGGGAUAGCUGUCCAGCAUGGACACACUGAGACAGUUCAGAGACUGUUGGAGGCAGGAGCCAACGUCAACCACCAGAACAAGAAUGGUCAGACUCCAGUCUACUCUGCCUCCUUCAAGGGUCAUACAGCUGUAGUUAAACUGCUGAUAGAGAAUGGAGCUGACAUCAGUAUCUGUGAUGAGAUUGGUGCCAGUCCACUCUUUGUUGCCAGUCAAGAGGGACACUCUGAUGUAGUGGACAUUCUGCUAGAGGCUGGUGCUGAUGUCAACCAGGCCACCACUGAGGAUGGUGUCAGUCCACUCUAUAUUGCCAGUCAAGAGGGACACUCUGAUGUAGUGGACAUUCUGCUAGAGGCUGGUGCUGAUGUCCACCAGGCCACCACCAAGGAAACAUGCAGUGUUCCCCUGGGGAUAGCUGCCCAGAAGGGACACACUGAGACAGUUCAGAGACUGUUGGAGGCAGGAGCCAACGUCAACCACCAGAACAAGAAAGGAGGCACAGCCUUGCUUGUUGCAGGAUUGAAAGGUCACUCAGAGGUGGUGAAACUACUGCUAGGAGCUGGGGCCAGAGACAUUCCUGAUAAGGAUGGAGACACUGCUCUGAGUAUGGCCAGAGCCAACAACCACAAUGAUGUGGUACAGUAUCUACUGCAACACCAGCCAAAGUGAAAAGUAGACACUCUAGCACUGUUACAAGAACAUAGUUAUUACACUGCAUAUCUUUUACAUAAGAAAAUUGACUCUUUAUAAUUCAUGUUUAGGCUGCUUAAAAUACUAUGUACGUAGAUGCAAAAUUU